AUGCCGUACCGCAUCGAAUACGCCAACUCGAAUCGCGCCGGAUGCAAAGGCCCCAAGCCAUGCUUCGGCACCAAGAUCAUGAAGGGCGAGCUGCGCCUGGGCAGUCUGAUCGAGAUCCAGGGCAGUCAGAGCUUCCACUGGCGACACUGGGGUUGCACCACGCCCAAGAUCAUUCAGAACAUCCAGGAGAAGGACGGCAUUUCCGACCCCGCUGACCUGGAUGGCUACGAGGAGCUGCUGCCGCUGGACCAGGCUCGCGUUGCCCGCGCCUUCGCCGAUGGCCAUGUUGCCGGCGAGGACAUCCCUGACUCUGCUCGCCACGACCCUACGAUGAUCGACCAGGCCGACUCGGCUGCCGCGGCCGCAACCAUCCUUCCGCCGCCUUCGCCGGAGAAGCAGCCCAAGAAGCGCGGCCGCCCGUCCAAGGCUUCGCUCGAGGCCGCCGCCGCCGCUGCCGCCGCCGAGGGAUUGCCCCAGGGAUCGCAGCAGCAGAGCUCCCAAAACGUAGCACCCAACGCUGUCGACCCCGCCUUGAGCCAAUCGCCUCCCAAGAGGAAGCCUGGUCGUCCGCCCAAGAACGCCGCCGCGGAGCUGCCUGCUCCCUCGCAGGUUGUGCCGCAGGUCGCGGCUCCGGUUGCUCCGGCGCCAAAGAAGCGAGGCCGCCCUCCCAAAAACCCCGAAGCUGCGCCAACUCCGGCCGCACCUGUGAUGCAGCAGGAGCCAGCCGUCGCUUCACCCAAGAAGAGGGGACGACCUCCGAAGAAUGCAGCUGCCGCUCCUGCUCCUCAGGUCGUGCCGCCUCCGCAGCCCGCUGUUGCCGAACCAGCUCAACCUGCUCCCAAGAAGCGAGGGCGCCCGCCCAAGAAUGCCGCAGCAGCGGCGCCUGCGAGUGUACCCGUCGUUGCGCCGGUAGCAGCCCCUGUUGCACCUGCUGUUGCGCCUGCCCCGCCCGCGAAGAAGAGGGGCCGACCUUCCAAGGCUUCUCUGGCCGAGGCGGCUGCUGCUGCCGCGGCGGCUGCUGGCCCGCCUGCCGUCCAGCAGCAGACUCCGGUCUACGCGACAACCGCUCCGGCUCCUGACACGGCUGCUCCGACGCCAAAGAAGCGCGGUCGACCUCCGAAGAAUGCUGCAGCUGCUCAAGCCAGCCCGCUGGCACCGGCUGCCGCUCCCGCCACACCUGUAGCAGCGCCCGCCAAGAAGCGCGGUCGUCCGAAGAAGGAGGCGGCUGAUACUUCGAUGGGCCCGAUCACGACUCCGCCGCUGCCGCCAGCGGCAGUGGCGCCGCAAGCGCCUGUGCUCGCUCCUGCUACUCCGCCGAGCGCUACCAAGAAGCGCGGCCGACCUCCCAAGGAGAAGACGGAGGGUGAGGAGGCUGCCAAGCGCCCGCGCGGUCGCCCGAAGAAGUCGGACGUCGCGGCAGCUGCUGCUGCUGCUGCUGCCGGUGCUCCGGCUGCCGCUGCCCCUCAGCCAUCUGCUGCUGCGCCGCUCGUCAGUGCAGAGCCCUCUUCGCCGGUCAAGAAGCGUGGCCGCCCGAAGAAGAACCCUUGA